AUGAGCAACAACAGUAAUAAGAGAGCACCAACAACAGCGACACAGAGACUUAAACAAGACUACCUUCGAAUUAAGAAAGAUCCAGUGCCUUAUAUCUGUGCAGAGCCCCUCCCAUCUAAUAUCCUUGAAUGGCACUAUGUUGUACGGGGACCUGAAAUGACUCCCUAUGAAGGUGGCUAUUAUCAUGGGAAACUAAUAUUCCCCAGAGAAUUUCCUUUUAAACCUCCUAGUAUUUAUAUGAUUACACCUAAUGGAAGGUUUAAGUGUAAUACAAGGUUGUGUCUUUCAAUCACUGAUUUCCACCCGGAUACGUGGAAUCCAGCUUGGUCAGUCUCAACGAUCUUGACGGGCCUUCUUAGUUUUAUGGUGGAAAAGGGCCCCACACUGGGCAGCAUAGAGACGUCAGAGUUCACAAAAAGACAGCUUGCUGCACAAAGCUUAGCAUUUAAUUUAAAAGAUAAAGUCUUCUGCGAGCUCUUCCCUGAAGUGGUGGAGGAGAUUAAACAAAAACAGAAAGCACAAGAAGAGCUCAAUAACAGACCUCCAUCCCUCCCUUUACCAGAUGUUGUCCCUGAUGGGGAAGCACACUACGGUCAGAAUGGAAUACCCCUUCUUAAUGGGCAUGUACCAUUGGCACCUGCCAAUCAUCCAGGUCUCCAACAGGCCAAUCGUAACCAUGGACUUUUAGGCGGAGCUUUGGCGAACUUGUUUGUUAUAGUUGGUUUUGCAGCCUUUGCCUACACAGUCAAGUAUGUACUGAGAAGCAUAGCGCAAGAAUGAGGAUGAUAAAAGAAAUCCAAGACCAAAUUAGUGGUAGUUGCAGAAUGAGUGGGACUCUUUGGGCAUCUGACUCUGACACUGGGAUAAAUAUUUGUUUUACCAAGUCGCAGGUAAAACAUUGGUUGGCUCAUGGGUUAUGUUUGGGAAAUGGCAUAGUUUGGAUUAGUCAGAAAACUAAAAGAAGUUCUGCUCGCAGAUCCUCUUGUCCUCGCUACUAUUUAGUAGUGGCUCACAAACAAGUCAAAGCAUUAUUGAUGAGACGCUAACAUUUCUAGUGCUUUGAUUUUUAUAGCAGUUUUCCAUCUGUUAUUUGAAAUUUAAAAUCUUAAGCAAAUAGGGCUUUUUACUUCAUUGAACAAUUUUUAAAAUUUCACAAUUAAUGCAUAUCGUAUUUUAUUUUCAUUAGGGAAGAUUCUGUACAGGUGUUGAAAUGAUUCAAAUAGAGAUUUCAUGUGGACUUGGUAAGGGUUUGGUUAAUGUGAACAUUGAUGCUACAGAAGAUUGCUGGUUUCUUUUCUAAAAUGGAAUGAACAUCAUUGCAUAUCUAGUCAGUAGUGAUUAGAUGAGUGGGAAAAUAACACCAUGUGUGUUAAAUGUGUUGUCUAAAUUGUCACGAUGUAAUUGAAGGUUUUAUUUGGGCUACAAGAAAUGCAGUUGCCGGCCUUUAGGAAUGAUUAGCAAGAAGCAGCAUUUGAAUCAGUCUUCAGUGGGGCUGCCCAUAUCCAGUAUUGUUUUGGAUUUGUUCACUUACAGAUUUCCAUUUUGGGAGAUGUUAUAUUUGAAAGCUGUAAUACUUAAUUUUGAUCACAAGGUGCCACUGUUGAAAAAAAAAAUAAAACUACACACGCCACUGGAGAGUUGAUUGUGUAUUCAGAAAAUCUUCUCUGGAUUUCUUGGGCUUUGGUAAAUCAAGUAACCCUAGCCCUUGUGAAGAUAAAAAGACAAAUGAGUCUGAGUAACAAACCAUCUUCUUCAGAGUCAACUGAAUUAAUCUGAAGUGUCACUAGCUGAAGUAAACCCUUAAAAUUAGUUCCACUUGCUUACUUGAAGAUUUGCAUAAACUUAAAAAUCCACCACCACCACCAAAAGUCAAAACCCAAACCUUUCUAAUUCGUCUGAGGUUCUAGAAGCUUUUUGCUUUUAGGUAGAAGUUCAUCACUGUUCCCCUUCAUGAUUCCCCAUGAUGAUUGAUGACUGAAAUACCGAUGUUUGUUCAUGGGAUUACAGGACUGUGGAUAAACACUAAAGCUCCUAGGGUAGUUCAAAAGUAUGAAAUUACUUGUUUAACUGAGUUUGCUUGGUUUCUCCCCCCCCCUUAAUUUUAUCCAAAUGCUUUUUUUCAUCAGAGGCAAACUUACUGUGCCUUUCAUAAUUGACAGUGAUGCCUAAUCAUCUGGGGAAGAACACACUCACUGUUAAUGGUACAACAAACUGUCAAAGGUGGUAGCAGAGUAAAAAGCUCUGCAUCUAACUGCAUAGUCUUAUUUUAAGUAUUGCGAAGAGCCCAAAUAAAUAUUACCUCAUGUAUAAGAAUUUUUUUUGAAACGGUUUUAUUUUCCCUUUCAGAUUUGUUCUCUCUCUCUGCUUCUUGGUAUCUUGAAUUGUAAGCGAAAAUGUAUGUUAACCCAUGAGCCAUGCAGCUUAGAGCAUCAAUAAAUGUGACCAAUUCUCUGCAAUAGGUAGGAAUUAUCAAAACUAGCAGUACAGCUCUAUACUAAAGAAAUCUUAAAGCAGUUCUUACUGAGGUAGGGAAGGAGGAGAUGGGGAGUGGGGGGGUGGAAUUUGGAAAAGGCUGGAUUUUAAAAUGUAUUUAUAAAUCUUUGAUUUUUUUUUUUAUUUUGUGGUUUUAUCAAAUCUUAUUUAUAACUAUUUUUUAAUUUACCUCUUGUAUGUGCUUAAUCAGCUCUUGUAAAAAGAGAAGCACCGGUUGUAUCUACCUAGAAACAAUUAUGUUCUGUCGGUCUGGGGCUGUGCUGGGAAGGAAGGGGGAGUGUCAUGUCUUUCCUGCAGUGACAGGAUUUUCAGGAUGGCUUGUCAGACUGGUAUUUUUUCCUCAAAGCAUAUGGACCUGUAGCUGAGGCUGUUCUGCCUCAUAGAUCUUAGUAUCAUUCAAACAUGUUUGUGUUCUCGCAAUGCCUUUUAUUACCAUUGACAUCGCCUACAGACAGAAGCUUAUAAUUGGUUAUCUAUGUUUAUCUUAUCUUAUGGAAGUUCUUUUGUCCACAUAAAUGAAGACAAAGGCAAGGAGACCUUGGGCAUGGUGUGUUUGCAUCUUUUGUGAAAUGUACCUAACCAAGGUAAAAGAACUAGUAAAAUCCGGAGAUGUUGAAUAAAAGGCAUUUUAUUAUGUGACAAGAAGUUGGCCUUAAGCUACACCCAAGUAUUUGAAGGUGGGUCUCUUGUUUUUAGUAAGUGCCGCAAUUGGAAACAAAAAAACUUUGGUUAAACCCUGGACAUGCUGCAUUUUUUCUGAGGAUUGGUUGUAUUUAAAAAACAAAGCAAAACUUCCAAUUGCAGUUUCUCUUCAGUACCCUGGAUUCAGAGAAAGACUUGACAGUCAUUUCAGGUGCCAUUUGUUGAAAGCUAGGAGCAAUAGCUGACUGAACCCUUGCACCUAUGGCUUACAAGAUUUUGAUACGUCUCCUUGCUCCUUGCCUUUGGUAACGGAAGAUUUAUUCCCUUUUGUGUAGGUUUUACCGUUUUGUGUUUUUUAAAAGCAUUUAUAAUAGUAUGCAGUAUCUGAUCUUUUUGUUACCAAAGUCAUUAGAUGGAGUAAACCAUUCUUUGCCAUGCAAAAAUAUCAUGCCCUGAAGCAGUGCAUUACUUAAUGUAAUAAAACUAAAAGCUGUCCCUCAGUAUAUGAUAUUGGAACAAGUGUCUGGCCCUUCACUUUCAUGCUGCAAUUUCACAGAUUUCUGUAAGAUUGUUAUACACAGGUGGUAGGGAGUUUUUGCAGCUUGAAUCAGAAGACAUCUCAGUGGUCGCCUUUUAAAGAUCUCUUGAUUUUUAAAAUCCUGGAUUUGUGUGUAGUCAUAACUUUUCUCCCCCCUAAGACUUCAAGGUCACGGAAGUUACCUUACUUCAAGCAUGUACUGAGGAGUAGAAAUGACUGCAUUGUAAAGUUGUUUGUUCAUAAUAAACAUUCAUGAUAAAAUUUA